GCUGCUGCCCCCGGCGGCUCCGAGCCGCGCCGCUGGAGCCCCGGCUCCCCGGGAAUGCUGGGAAUGUUGAGUCAGGCACUGGCAGCCCAGACAGCCGGGCUCGCAGCUCGCUGAGGGACGGGAAGACGAGGGACAGGGGCACACGAGCCUCCCCCGACUGCAGCAGGUCCCUUCUCUUCCCCCCUCGCAGGUAUUGAGCGGCUCCGGCUCUCCCUGCUGCCUCCUUCCUCCGCGCAAGUGGGAUGCCAGCUAAACGUGAUGUUGUAAAAUCCAUGUGAGGACGGAAGGCAGAUGCGAUGAUUUGAAAGGUCUGUCUUUGGAGGAAAACCAGAUCUUUGUCUACUGGAAGAAUGCAGUGAAACUGCCAGUAUUUCUAGCCGGAAUUAUAAAUUUAAUAGUCAACUUUAGUGUUACUAGUUUCUUACUAAAUAGUACCUCAAAGUAGAAGAAAAAUGUAUGGUAGUGCAAGAACAAUCGGCACCUUGGAAGGAAGUCCCUCCAGGUCCCCCCGCCUGCCGAGGUCCCCUCGCCUGGGUCACAGGCGAACCGGCAGCGGGGGAGGAGGAGGGGCAGGCAAGACCUUAUCCAUGGAGAACAUCCAGUCCCUUAACGCAGCCUAUGCAACAUCUGGACCAAUGUACCUGAGUGACCAUGAGGGUGUAGCUUCUACUACUUUCCCAAAGGGCACAAUGACUCUUGGAAGGGCUACAAAUCGAGCUGUGUAUGGUGGCCGAGUCACAGCCAUGGGGAGCAGCCCCAAUAUUGCUUCUGCUGGACUGUCACAUACAGAUGUCCUUUCUUACACUGACCAGCACGGAGGGCUGACCACAUCCUCACACCACCACCACCACCAGGUUCCUUCCAUGCUGAGACAGGUUAGAGAUAGCACCAUGUUAGAUCUGCAGGCUCAGCUGAAGGAUCUACAGAGGGAGAAUGACCUUCUCAGAAAAGAACUAGACAUUAAGGACAGCAAGCUGGGGUCCUCUAUGAACAGCAUCAAAACUUUCUGGAGUCCUGAGCUAAAGAAAGAGAGAGUUUUGAGGAAAGAAGAAGCAGCCAGAAUGUCAGUUCUUAAAGAACAGAUGAGAGUUUCCCAUGAAGAAAAUCAGCAUCUGCAAAUGACAAUCCAGGCACUUCAGGAUGAGCUUAGAACCCAGAGAGACCUUAACCACCUUCUUCAGCAAGAAAGUGGGAACCGAGGGGCUGAACAUUUUACCAUUGAGCUCACAGAGGAGAAUUUUCGAAGACUUCAGGCAGAACAUGAUAGACAAGCUAAAGAGCUCUUCCUGUUGAGAAAAACUCUAGAAGAAAUGGAGCUUAGGAUUGAAACACAAAAACAAACACUAAAUGCCAGAGAUGAAUCAAUAAAAAAGCUUCUAGAGAUGCUGCAAAGUAAAGGUUUGCCUUCUAAAGGAAUGGAAGAUGACAAUGAGAGAACUCGAAGGAUGGCAGAGGCUGAAUCUCAGGUUAAUCAUUUAGAAGUGAUUUUAGAUCAGAAGGAGAAGGAAAACAUGCAUCUUAGAGAGGAAUUGCACAGAAGAACCCAACUUCAGCCUGAGCCAGCAAAGACGAAGGCUCUGCAAACAGUCAUCGAAAUGAAGGAUACAAAAAUAGCUUCACUUGAGCGCAAUAUAAGAGAUCUUGAAGAUGAAAUACAGAUGUUAAAGACAAAUGGAGUUCUGAAUACAGAGGACCGAGAAGAAGAAAUCAAACAAAUAGAAGUUUACAAGAGUCACUCAAAGUUCAUGAAAAAUAAGAUUGAUCAACUGAAACAAGAACUCUCAAAGAAAGAAUCAGAACUUCUUGCCUUACAAACUAAGCUUGAAACCCUUAGCAAUCAGAAUUCAGAUUGCAAGCAACACAUUGAAGUGCUUAAAGAGUCUCUUACUGCCAAAGAACAGAGAGCUGCCAUACUUCAGACAGAGGUUGAUGCCUUGCGAUUACGAUUGGAAGAGAAAGAAACUUUUCUGAAUAAAAAGACAAAACAACUUCAAGACCUCACAGAAGAGAAAGGAACCCUUGCUGGAGAAAUUCGAGAUAUGAAAGACAUGUUGGAAGUAAAAGAAAGAAAAAUCAAUGUCCUUCAGAAAAAGAUUGAAAAUCUACAGGAGCAACUUAGGGACAAAGACAAACAACUAACUAAUCUAAAAGACAGAGUGAAGUCGCUGCAGACGGAUUCCAGUAAUACAGACACAGCACUGGCAACGUUAGAAGAAGCUCUAUCAGAAAAGGAAAGAAUAAUAGAGCGUCUGAAGGAGCAAAGGGAUCGAGAUGACAGAGAAAGACUUGAAGAAAUUGAAUCUUAUAAAAAAGAAAACAAGGACCUGAAGGAGAAAGUUAAUGCUUUACAGGCUGAACUAACAGAAAAAGAGUCUAGUUUAAUCGAUCUCAAAGAACAUGCAUCUUCAUUGGCAUCAGCAGGGCUGAAAAGAGACUCCAAACUUAAGUCUUUAGAAAUAGCCAUAGAACAAAAGAAAGAAGAGUGUAGUAAGUUGGAAGCACAGUUGAAAAAGCAAGCUGAGCAGUUGUUCAAUCAGAUGUACAAUCCAAUGCCAAUUAGGAAUAAUGGGAAGCAAGGGGCUCAUGAAGCUGAAGAGGAGGCACGGAUGAAUCCAGAAUUCGCAGACAGAAUGAAACAGCUUGACAAAGAGGCAUCGUACUAUAGAGAAGAAUGUGGCAAAGCUCAGGCUGAGGUUGACAGACUUCUAGAAAUACUCAAGGAAGUAGAGAAUGAGAAGAAUGACAAAGAUAAGAAGAUUGCUGAGUUAGAAAGCUUGACUUCCAGACAUAUGAAGGACCAAAACAAGAAGGUUGCCAAUCUGAAGCACAAUCAGCAACUGGAGAAAAAGAAGAAUGCACAGCUGUUGGAAGAAGUUCGUAGGCGAGAGGACAAUAUGACUGACAACUCUCAGCAUUUACAAGUAGAAGAGCUGAUGAAUGCACUGGAAAAGACUAGACAAGAAUUAGAUUCUACCAAAGCCCGUCUUGCCUCUACACAGCAGUCUUUGGCUGAGAAAGAAGCACAUCUGGCUAACCUGAGAAUAGAGCGAAGGAAACAGCUUGAAGAAAUUCUAGAAAUGAAACAGGAAGCUUUACUUGCUGCAAUUAGUGAAAAAGAUGCAAAUAUUGCCUUGCUUGAGCUGUCUGCUUCAAAGAAAAAGAAGACUCAAGAUGAAGUAAUGGCUCUGAAACGAGAGAAGGACAGAUUAGUACAUCAGUUAAAACAGCAGACACAAAACAGAAUGAAGCUGAUGGCAGAUAACUAUGAUGAUGACCACCACCACUACCACCACCAUCACCACCACCACCACCACCGGUCUCCUGGGAGGACACAACACAACCACAGACCCUCUCCAGAUCAGGAUGAUGAGGAGGGUAUAUGGGCAUAGCCGUUCCUAUAAACCAAAGUUCCAGUUUUGUUUUGAGGGAUGAUCCAGUCACUGUUGGAGGCACAUAGCCACGGCAAAAUCUCAUGCUGUACAUUGAUCACCUGUCCAACCUUUGCCUAGAGUGUGAUCCCCAGUUCCUUCAAGAGAUCCAUCUUUACCUGUCUAUAAAGAAGAAGAGGAGGAGGGAGACAUCUGGGAUAUUCAAGUAUCAAAGUUUAACACCAGAGCAGUUGUCAGAGGAACUAGUGAAAAAGGAAGAAAAAUCUGUAGCACUGGAAGGUAACAAUGAUAAUCUAUUGCACUGGAUCUCCAAACAUGACCAUGAUAUCCUGGAGAAGAUCACAGAUGCAGAAAAUGAUUUUAUGUGCUAAGGUUGAUAUUUAAUGAAAUGCUGCAUUAAUUAGCAUUUUCUCCAUUAUUUCUUGUAGUCUAUUGUGAAAUUAGAUACUUUGGAAAAUAAUGAAGGAGACUCAAACAGAAAUUGUAAGAGCUUCAUUUCUGUCUUUAUGGGUCUUGUGAGUUACUCUGUUUUUAUAAAGAAACCAUCUGUUCAGAAUAUAGUUGUUUCAUGAAAUUUAGUUAAACAGGCUAUUUAGCUAAUUUUGGUAAAUUAAUAUUGAUUUUAAUAGGUAAUUCAGAUGCCCUUAGAUAUGGUAUCUGCAUUUGCUGAUUUUACCUAGUCUAUUCUAAAGUAUCACUUCUAUUGCACUAGAUUAUCAAAGAGGUAUUAGUAAAAUGCUAUAUAAGGGUGUUGGCAUUAACUUUACCCCCAGUUAGAUACAGGCUUUUCCAAAAAAUAAAAACAAGCCUUUACCCUCCUCUGUUUUCUUUUAUCUACUGAUAAAAUAAUAUGAAUUAAAAACAAACCAAAACCAAAUAUUGAUAUUAUAACCGGUAUUAAGCUCUGGGCCAGGUUGGAAAUGAAAUCAAUUUUUGGUACUAAUAACUGAUGACAAAGCUUAGUUUUAUGAAAAUAUGGUGUGUGUCUCUGACAAUGCAUAGGACAUCUAAUUUGAACAUAAAUAUAUGAUUAUAUACAAUAUGUAUCUAUUCCUGGAUGGUAAAAGCUUGAGGUGUAUAUAAAUAUGUAUGUGUGUAUAUAUGGACAUGUACACAAGGAUGUAUCAACCUUUUACCAUCCAAAUGCAUACAUGUUUUCAACAAUAAAAGCUGGGACUCUUAAAGAAACAAACAAAAACAAAACAAAAAAAAAAAGAUUGCUGUAUAUGCACUAGGUCUCCUGUAAAUGUGGAACUGUUUGUUAUUGUUCUCUACAUUGAAAAACAGUCUCCAACAUGGACCCCAAUGAAUCUUAGAUGUUAAAGAAAAUACCAAUGAACAAACAGCACUUGAAGGCUGUUUGUGUCAACAAAAUGUGUCUAGUAAAAUAAAUUUAAAGCACAUGCAAGGAAAAAUAAAAAUGUGAAGUCAUUACAUUCAGUGAGAGACUCUUAACUGACAGUCAGAUCUCUACCACUUCUCAAGGAGAGGUUCCUUCUGACACCACAAACAUUUCCAGUCAGUCUGGCAAACAUGUGCAAAUGUUUGGCUGUUUUGUUGAGGCAUCUUUUUGUCCAUGGAAGAAAUGCUUCCAUGCUGAUGGCAGUGGAAAUAGAAUAUCUGCAUUUUUAAAGGACAAACAAU